GGUUACCGAGGUAUCGUAAACACUCGAUUUGUCGAAUGGAUUCCAAGCGAGCGAGUUCUUCUCGCUACAUGACAAUAACAAUCAAACUCCUGUCAAAUUAUAUGGAAUUGUGUUCUAUGGCUUGAUUAUAAUACAUGAUCAUGCCUGGCGUCGAAUGUAAGUUACCGGAAGGCUGGGAGCGCUCGGAAACUACCAGUGGAAUCCCUUAUUAUAUCAAUCAUGAGACGGAGAAAACACAGUGGGACCACCCAGCCAUGAUUCAGCUAAUGCAUGACUUAGCUGAGCUGAACAACAUAAAAUAUGCAGCCUACCGCACUGCAAUGAAGCUCAGAGCUAUCCACAAGAAAACACAAUUGUACCUUGUAGAGAUCCCGAUACUCACUGCAACAUUAGAUGAAGAGGACGUUCCUGAUGGCUACACUGAAAAAGCUUUGUCAAUCCCUGAAGCUUCUAAAAUUAUCACAGCUUUAUUUAUUAAUCAAAAUGGCGACCGGCAAGACUUUAUUGACAUACCAAUGGCCAGUGACUUAACCCUCAACUUGAUGCUCAAUAUUUAUGACCCUGGUCGAACUGGUUACAUCCAAGCUCUGUCACUGAAAAUUGGUAUAUCCCUCUUAUGUGCUGCAAAGUUACAAGACAAAUACAGAUAUUUAUUCAGACAAAUGUGUAAUAGCAGGGCAGUUUUGGAUAGAAAACGCCUAACAUUAUUUCUACAAGAAUGCUUACAGAUUCCGAAGUACAUUUAUGAGAGUACAAUCUUUAGUGGGACAAGUGUUGAGCCUGCAGUCAAAAACUGCUUUGAAACAUCAUGCUCCAUGUUAAACAUGGCAACUUUGGAUGAGUUCAUGGAAUGGAUGGUGGCCGAGCCUCAGACUAUUGUAUGGCUGCCAACCCUACACAGACUUGCGGUGUCUGAGACAGUCAAGCACGAGGCCAAGUGCAACAUCUGCAAGAUGUACCCCAUUGUAGGGUUCAGGUACCGUUGCUUGAAAUGUUUUAACUUCGAUCUCUGUCAGGGUUGUUUCUGGGCUGGGCGUGUAAGCAAGGGGCACAAGAUUGGCCAUCCGACUCAAGAAUACUGUCUUGCUCCUUCGCAAAAAGAAGACAUAAAAGACUUCGCGAAAGUCAUGCGUAAUAAAGUGAGCAAGAAGAAAAAGCCGACAGAUCCGGCCAAGGGUCGAUUUAUCGCCAUUCCAAAUCAGGACGCAGGGCCGGCCUCGGACGAUGAGUUUUCCGUGGAUGGUCCGUCCAAAAGCACGAAAUUCAGCCCUGAUACACACGACAUGUUGUGCUCAUACGCUGCAAGACUCGCAGAUUACGAGAAAACAGAAGCGAGUCCGCCCCGAGGAGAACCUUCCCAUAAACACCCACGUGAUCACAUUAAAGAUGAGCAAGAUUUAAUUUACCAUUACGCUAACAGUUUGGACCUGGAGCCCCCCAAACUGCCUGCUCGUCAGGAUACGGGAGACAUUGUACCGGAUCACGCCCUGGACCAGGAUCAACGGGACGAGCUAGAAGACUUGAUCGGGAGACUCGAGAUUGAUAACCGCGUUCUACGCGAUGAAAUCGACCACAUCCAUGAGUUACAGCAGCAGAGCCCUGAUCGAACGCUAGCGCUCGUCCCAGACUUCCUCGAUGACUCGGCCUCCGCGGAGCAGCUCCGACGACGCAAGGAACGCCUGGUAGCUCGCGAAGAGAUCCUCGAGGCCCACAACACUCAGCUGCAGAUCCAGCUGAGCAGGUUACGGGCCCUGCUCUACCAGGAUGGCACGUCACCAAGUAACCGGCCCGAGACAUCUUCCGCGAUAAAGGACCAACCUACCGGUCACCCGUUGAUAAGGACCCACCUAAGCCCGACCACGCCCCAUCAGCCAACACCCUUACCCGACAGCAUCGUCAUCCCUUGCCACACCUCCUCCCCCCGUUCUAGGGGGGACACCUCCGCCUUGUGGGGUGAAGAGUGCGCCCUCCUUGAUCAAGAGCGAAAGGGCACACCCCCAGAAGUUCGUAGAGUCCGCGAAUUUCACGUUCCCUUCGCCGAGUCUACAAAUUCUGUGAAUUUGACACAAACUUCUGCUGCACCUACUUCUUCAGCAUCGACGCACAUCCCCCCGGAAACAAUACAUUUUAGUUUUGGAAACGUUACUAUGCCGGUUUUCGGUCAGGAGGGGUAUUUGCUGAAUUCCCAGCCAAUUGUCUCUUCCCCGGAUCCAGGGUAUGUAAAUCACUCGGGUUAUGCAUCGCAGGAAGAGGAGGAACUGGAUCGGAUUGUGGAUCGGAUGACUAACGCCUUUCCACUUGAUCUCGAAUCAGGCGUGUCCAUGGAAGUCCAUAAUGACCUCUUCGUCGCUGCAAGCAUGGUAGGGGAAGCAAUGCAAUCCAUGGUGACAGCGGUCUCUCGUCAAAGAGGCUCCGGGGACUCCCCGGGUUCCUACGCGCAAGAUAUUACCGAUGACGACACAACACUAUACUCCCAGAAUGGACAUCGAAGAUGAAAGACUAAAGCAUGCUUUUGCGGUGGUCUCCCUGUGGUCUUGGGCUAUUCAACUCUUGUUCCCAGAGCCUCUUAUUUCUGCAGCAUGGAAACACGUUAUGCCACGGCCAUAUCUGAUCUGAAUGUAGUCUUCACAGACGGGUCAUCUUAUCACGACCGUUUAGUAGGCCUUUCUGGAAGUGAUAUUCUGUGGCAUAGAAGCAGGAAGGGGGAGUAAAGCAUAUUGUAGUAACCGCAAAAGAACUUUUAGAAAUUGACAGUCUAAAUUGCUGUAUCAUACUCAUACCUGGCUGCUACAAUUUGCAAAAGGCACAAGUUGCGCAAUGUAUUAUCGGGAAAUUUAUUAAUGUAAAUGAUCUAAUAAACAACUGGGGCGUUUAUUAAAUUUGAUGGUGUGAGGGGGUGGGGGGGGGGCGUUCAAUAGAUAGGAAACGUUUAUUAGAGAGGGGCAUUCUUUACAAACUAUAACAAUACAACAAACCCAAGUGCGUUGGGGUUUUAAUCUCAGUCAGGAUCACAUUAAAUUAUAGCCUGCAUGGCAAUCAUUUAUUGGUUUCUUGACAUUGAGCUCUCACCCAGUAGAAGCCAAGCUCAUAUUAAGCAAGAAGGCAAUUGAAUUUGAUUUAUAUUACCGGAAAACGUGUCGUUUGUUUCUAAGCUGGGAGGCAGGGUAGGGUAGGGGGGGGAAUCUAUUAGAGAGGGACCUUCGAUACAAAUUUGUAAGCUUCGUGGGGGUGAGGCGUUCAUUAGAUCAUUUACGGUAGGGAGAAAUAAAAAAGAAAUAGUUGAACUUCCCAGAAAGCAUUGCACACCACCAAAAGUCUGAGGUCUCAGGACCUCAUUUUCUCGUCCUUAUCUUAGCAACUGGGUGCAAGUCUGCAGUUGAAUCAGAUUAAAGACACAAACUCUU